UUAGUCUGCCUGUAAAAGUUGGGUGGAACGUUUUCUCAGGAGGAGCGUUGCCGUCAGCUGAUCAGUGUUUGUGUGAGCCAGAGCCAGCACCAGCUGAGCGUCAGUCCGGAGGUGGUAAUCAAUCGAGGUGGAGUGUGGCCCCAGCCCCUGAUGGCCGUAACCUGUGCUGUGCUCGUGGUUUUGAGAGAAUUGAGGUGACACACAAGGAGCUUUUCGCACACAACUCUUACGUGAGGUAUGGAACGGACCGUGAGUGGAUACAGGUGAACUGAACAAGCUGAAAAGGAAGGGCGAGGAUAGACAAGCCAUUGUUGCAGCCCCAAGGCCCGUGGCAUGGUUGGGGUCACCACGCACAGCUGAUGUACUCUUAUUGACGCGAGGAAGGCCUGCACAAUGAGUCCCACGAUGUCCAUGGUGCGCCUUGUCUGCCUCGGGGCCCAGGGCAAGGCUGGCGCCCCCACACUCCAACGCACGACCUCCUUUCUGUCUUCCAACCGCGUCGAGUACCGAGCCUCCACCACCACCUCGGAGCGGGAGAGGGCCAAGUCCGUGUCUGCCUUCUACAACCAGCCCGCCGUUGAGUCUGCCGCCAAGAAGAGGUCAGUGAGAUUGACGCCGUCGGCCAUCCUGUACCACGGCAGAACGGACGACGAGGCGACAAACUUGAAAAGUGCCCAAUACCUGCAAAAAGAGCUGCCUGUCAGGAUCGCCAAGCGCAUUAUGGCUUUCCGAGACCUUCCCUUCAUAGUGGGUUGCAACCCCAUCAUCUUGGGGGUGCAUGAGCUUUACCUGAGGGCAUUCAACAUCCUUAACUCCUUUGAGCCCAUCAAGACACGAGAGGAUGAAGUCAACUACAGCAGAAAGUUGAAAGAGCUUUUAGAGGACCACCAGAAUGUGGUGACACAGUUGGCUGCUGGUUUUCGAGAAUGCCGCCGGCACAUCCAAAAUGAGGAGUUGGUGGUGCGCUUCCUUGACAAGACCCUCACGUCACGCCUUGGCAUCCGCAUGUUGGCCCAGCAUCACCUGUCACUGCGAGAAAGCAAGAGUAAUUACGUCGGAAUAAUCAAUGUGGGCAUGAAGUUAAAGGAGGUCAUAGAACGCAGCUGCCAGUUUGUGUCGAGAGUGGCUUUGCACAAGUAUGGCCGUGUCCCCCAGCUCAAACUCUCAGGACAUGUCAACGCUGUCUUCCCCUACAUAGAAUUACCACUGGACUACAUAUUGCCUGAGAUUUUGAAAAAUGCAGUGCGAGCCACAGUUGAAAGCCACUCAGAGUUUGAAAUGAUGCGUCUGCCUCCAAUUCACAUCACCAUUGCCUCCAACGAGAUAGACUUUAUCAUCAGGAUCAGUGACAGAGGAGGAGGCAUUCCCCAUCAUCUGAUGGAACGAGCAUUGGAGUACAACUUCACCACUGCUCAUGAGGAGAACAGCGACUCCACACAGCUGGAGAACCACGUCAUGUCUGGCAUGAUGGAGGCUGUGAACCCCAACCCUGCAGGGGGGCCCAUGCAUGGUUUUGGUUUUGGUCUGCCAACCUCACGAGCCUAUGCUGAGUACAUGGGUGGCAACCUGGAAAUCCAGGCCAUGCAGGGGAUUGGCACAGAUGUUUACCUUCGCCUCAAGCACAUCAACAGCCCUAGUGCCAACUUCAGGAUAUAAGAUGUGGGCCAGGUAUGGCACACAAGGACUUUACAGGUUUCACAGACCAAGGGUUAGCGUACUCCCCAUUGACAACGCAUCAAGAGGAAAAGUAUGAAAUUUGUUAGGUAAUAUGUGUUUAUUUAAUGUCAUUCAGUAUUAUUAUUAUAUGAUUGCAAUUUCUCUUGCAAUAAAACUAUAUGUUUUGUAAGAGAAAAAAAAAUCCAAAAUAUGAGAAAUACUAAAUAGUUUUUUUUGUAAAAAUAAAUUGUACUACUUAUAAACAUUGUAAAAUGGAGUAAAACUCCUGUCAUGAAGUGUUUCUAUUGGGCUGCAGGAUUGAGUUGGUGGUAGCAAAUCAGUGCUGCAUCAUGACAGUCCAAAUAUUUGAAAGAAUAAAAAAUCUGAAUAAAAUCAGCAUUGAGGUACACUUGCAUAAGAAGUUUUGUAAAUGUUUUCCAGGAAGAAUCCUCAGAGGUUAGUGACCUAGAAUGUAUAGCCAUGGAACCUUGAGCUUCAAAAAAUUUAAAGACUUUUAUAUUCUCUUGUAAGUGAAAUUCUUGUGGCUGCUAAUAUACAAGGUUAUGAAUGUUAGAAUGCAGUUUCUCAGUUAUUUUAGCAAAUGCCAAUAAGGAGAAAAUUAGGACUGGAAUUAUGCACAUAUAUCAGUGUUGAAAAAGCAGCCUGACUAAAGCCAGAUCUCUGAACCCUCUGCAAUAUGCUGGAAAAGUGCACUGCUACUCUACCUUUACAUAUUAUUAUUAGCAGUAUUGAGAUCCAUGAAAGGGCAUCAAGAGAAAAAAAUAUAUAUAUACUCAAAUAGAGUCACCUCAGUGAGGAAACAUGGACAUGAAAAAUAAAGACAGUGAGAGUAAAAAGUAAAAAGAGGGGGACUAAAAGAAUACCUAAUGAAUUAACAGCCGAGUGUUGACUUUGACUUUAAACUCAUCAAUGUCAUCAACAUUUUGGAAUACUUUAUUUGCUGUUCAUAAAUAUGGUAUCAGCUGAUGCUGUAUUACUUUACUUGCAUAACAUUUCCAAGAUUUGUAAGUGCUAUAUUCAGACAGGCAAAACUAUUGCACUUACUGAGUCAUUAAUCUUUGACUACACCCUGUGUCUGCAAGAAAAAAAGAUAAAUGACAUUCAUGCUGGUGAGUCUUAACUGUGCUUAUGCAAGUGAAAUUAUCGAAUUGAAGAUUCUUGUUAAUCAAUUUAAAGCAUUCUGUGGCACAUGUUUGGCCCUGACCAAUAUACAACUUCAUUACAAUUGUAGUAGUAAAGGACUGUCUAAGAACAAUAUUACAAAAAAUAGGGAUGAAAACAAAACUACACUAAGAUAAUGGGCGACACCCUAAAAAAUGUUCUCUAGAAAAAGAAAGUGAAAUGUUUUUUGCAGCUAUGACAUUAUAUUAUAUUUAAUGUGUUGUCAAUUUAUUUGAUUAAGGAAAUUUAAAGAUUCUUGAAUGUUGGGUAUAAAUCUGAUCAAAAACCUAGGUAUAUAAUAUUUCAAAGAAAGGUUUUCUCAAGUGAAUAUUUGGUGAUGGUAAUGUUAUCAUCCAGAAAUUAGAUGAAUGCAUUUUUUUUUAUUUUUUUUUUUUAUUGUGUUAUUAUUAUUGUGUGUGUGUGUAUGAUUAGAUGACAAGUGUGAAUGUAACUGGAAAACAAGAAAGUUUUUGGUUGGUGAAUGAGGAUAUUAGUGAUUAUUGUGCCAGCUGGUUGAGAUGGUUUAGAACAUAAUAAAAGAGAUAAAUAGUCCUGUAUUAGCAAAGUAGGUUUUCAAAGAUUGAGCUAAGCAGCUUGAAUCAACAGGCUGACAUCAUCAUUGUAUGCCCUUCAAACACGUACGAAUCUCACAAGCUAUUUUCAUUCCAUACCCAUAUGAUGGGUAUGGAACAAAACUUCGUAAUUAAUGAAAAUGUACUUGCCAUUCUGGAAUAUCAAGUAAUUCAUUAUUAUGUUAGUUUUUGUGCAAUAUAGUGAUAGCCAUAAAUGAGGAAAAGUGUGAUAGAUGCAGGAGCAAAAAAUAUAUUUUUACAUUAAUAUAAGCUCUUUCAAACCCCUGAAAUCCAAAGAAAAUCUGAUCUUUCUGAGCACAUAUCUGCUGUAGAAGGCUCCACUAACUUGAGUUUGUGUUUUAGUAAAGCAAAUUGUCACAAUACAAAAUACAUGAAAAUAGUACUGAAAGUACUCAAAAUGUAUGCCAGAUGUGGAUAAGAGAUAAUGAAAAGAAUAUGUAUGAGAUUAAAUAUUGUACAUAAAAAAGACUAUUACACUAAAAUACAAGCAAUAUGCUGAUUUUUUUUAGAGACAAACAAAGACAGAUUAUGUGUGUGUGUGUUUACCUAGUUGUAGUUUUACAGGGCCUGGGCUUGCACUCCUGUGGUCCCGUCUCCAUAUCUGUAUUUGUCCAGCUUUUCCUUAAAGUUGUGCAUACUCUUCGCCGAUACUACAUCCUCACUUAGUCUGUUCCAAACCUUUAUUUUUCUUUCCGGGAAGCUAUAUUUCUUUGUCUCUCAAGCAUCUUCCUUUCCCCAACUUUUUACUGUGCCCUCGUGUGUUUCUGACGUUUCUUCCACUUCAUUGUCUACUUCCUCCAUUUUAAUCAAUAGUUUAUAAAUUUGUGUUAAGUCUCCCCUUUCUCUUCUUUGUUCCAGUGUUGGUAGGUCCAUUUCCUUUAACCUUUCUUCAUAUGACAAUCCCUCCAGUUCUGCAACCAUUUUCGUUGCCAUCCUUUGUAUUCUUUCUAGUGUGUGUGUGUGUGUGUGUGUGUGUUUGCGUGUGUGCACACGCACGCACACGUAUGUUUGUGAAUGAGUGAGUCCUUAAAACAGGUGUGUAUUAUGUUCAAGGGGUUGCAAUGCAUCUCACUCUGACAGUCACUCGAAGGCUUUGUCCUUGUCCUUACUUAUGUUGUGUGAAGCAACAGUGUCAUGAAAUCGUAAAUCAUAUUGCAAGGCUUGAAAUACUGCCCUUUUCACAAGCACAUUGAUGAACCCAGCAUCUUUUUGCUAAACAUUUAAGGGGAUAUCUUACUCAAAGUGAGGUAUUUCUCAUGUUCCUAAAUUCCUGCAGCUCCAUCUUCAUCAUGUCACAGUCUUGCCUCAAGAGUAAUGCAUAAUUAUUCAAGAACUUUAUCUUAAGUACUUGGAAAUUAAGAGAAGCUUCAGAGAUAGUGUAUGAAAAAUAUUAAUGAUUCUUUAGUGUUUAGGAAGGACAAGUGUUGUGUGUUCAAUCACUCUUAAGUGUGAAGGUGUUGUUGGUUAUUAUGAUGCAGGGAAGCAGAAAACUUCAUGAAUGAUAAACCAUACCAAAAUUUGUUAGGGAUUCAGAUGAUUUAUGUAAAAUAGUGGAUGAUUUAUCAACCUCCAUAUAUUUUUCUAAUGAUGUCAUAUAUAUAAAUUAAGCACUGGUAGGAAUAUACUUUUUCUUUUGUAACCAGUGACACUUAGGUCUAUCCAGUCACAUCAAGUUGUUUAUGGUUGCAUGUGAUUGAUCCUAUAUUUUCAUGUAAUAGAUAGUCAUAUUUAAUGGACUAUGAUUACUGUGUGUGUGUGUGUGUGUGUGUGUGUGUGUUGCGUUGUGUUGUCAUUCGAAGUAGGUGUUGUGCUGGUAGAUUGCUAACCUAGUAGAGGAAGAAACCUGUCUUAAUAUAGAGCCUUAAUUCUGUGAUACUAAUUGUUUAGUUUCCACAACCUUGUCAGAGUCACAACACGUGCAUUUACAUCCACAUUUAUUUAUUUAACCAUUUAUUUUCGUGUGAUGGAUAAGUGAACAAAAUUCUUACUAAGUGAAGAGACAAAAAAUAUUACCUUAAGUUGUCAAUGAUCUGGUAACUGAUAUUGCAUGAGUAGUUUGCUUUAAAUAUAUCUUGAUAGAUUUAUUUUAAGCAGAAUGUUUAUAUGGUUUCUCUUGAAGUGUUGUGUCAAGUAUAAAGUGGAUAAGGUUGUAUAUCAUCACCAUCUCAAACGAGAGGCAAAGGGAAGGUGUUGAUGUAAUAUUCUAGUGUAUCCUUAUCUUAAAUGUAAACUGUCUUGACAUUAAUCAUUUAUUAGGGUGCAGGAUAACCUUGCACACAAUAAACUGAUCGACCA